CCACAGCCUCCCUGCGGUGUCCUCCCUUGUUUUAUUUAACGAGUCCUGAUUAUAGUGGCAUUAUACCAUAAUUAACCGGGGCACGAACAAUGUCGACGAUCAAUUCUAUCCUCUCAGACCCGCACUAUCAUGAUAUUUUUGCCGUCCUAAAGGGAAUUCGCAAUGCUGUUGUCUACGGUGUCAAAAUUCGUUUUCCACAUGCGCUUAUAAUGUCUAUCUUAUUCGGCAAGGGAGAUUGGUCUUCGCGUAUACGUAUGAUCCUUCGUAUGACGAGGGACCAUGCAGUGGGACUCGCGAAGUUCGUGACGUUGUUUAAGAUCAUGAUGAUUGCGCAGAGGAGGAUACGUGGCGGGAAGAGCCAAUCGUCCGACACGUUCUUUGCUGGUCUUGUUGGAGGGUAUAUUGUGUUUGGUGACCGUACGCCGAUUAACGAGCAGAUUGUACUAUACGUCGUCUCUCGUGUCGUUGCCUCCUUCCUCUCGAGAGAACGACUAAAUGGGAACGCUACACCGGCCACUCCAGCUCCUCCGGGUUCUCCUGCUCGUCCCAUGCACCCAGAUGCACGACAAUUCUCGGUGUUUGCUGCGAUAGCUUGGGGUGCUGUCAUGUGGUUGUUUGAGAAUCGGAGUGAGACUAUCCAGCCGGGUAUGUGGAGUUCGAUGAAGUAUUUGUACAAGGACUCCGAGACCUGGGAUGGACUUCGGACGCUGCUGUGGCGCAAUAAGUAGCGGGUUGUUAGGCUACAGCAUGAUCCUCCCUAGAGAGCUAGACGAUUUUCUUGGAUGCUACGAUAUCCACCACUAAUACACGUGUUGUUUGAUACCG